AUGCCAGGCACAUUCAAGGAAAAGGUUAUUAUCCCGCAGCUCAACGGGUAUCGAGCAGUACCUAUCCAGAUCCCGUACGUCACCGACAAAGCCGCGAUUCGCACGGAACAGCUCUGGGUUUAA